UCUGCGAUCACAUUGUCAACUUUUGUUUUUUAGUAUACAGUGUACUACUUAAAAACAAAAUUAUUACUCGCUAUUGAUCAUGAAGUCAGAAGACAAUUUUCUGAAAGAUGAUAGAGAUUUCAGCGACGAUGACCUGUAUAUAAGUGGAGAUGAUCUGCCUAUACCAGGAGAUCAUGCCGAAGAUGAUGAUGUUGAUGGUGAUGAUGACGACGACGACGACGACUUCAACAGUGAAAGCUCGUCUUCUAGCUCCUACGAUUCUGAUGAAGGUAAUGCACAGGCUAGUAGAAGCCGUCGUUCCAACAAUGCAGCUGGUACAUCAGGACAGAAUGAAGAUCAAAAUUUAGAUGAAGAAGAUGAAGUGGUACAAGCCAUCUUAAAGUCAAAGGAUCUUCAUAGAGAUCAUCCUCCAGAAAUCGAAGUCGAAGAUACUGUUGCUGAUAUUUGUUUUCAUCCACGUAAUAAUAUCAUUGCUCUAGCUUCUCUCACUGGAGAUGUAUUAAUAUAUAAAUAUAAUAUUGAAGAAAAUCAACUUUUGUCAACUCUAGAGCUGCAUGAUAAGGCUUGCAGAAAAGUAAAUUUUAAUGAAGAUGGAACUAUUCUGUAUUCUGCUGGCAAAGAUUGCAAUAUAAUGUUGAGCGAUGUUGGAACCCAAAAAUUAGUUAGAUUUUAUGAAAAUGCACAUGAUAAUCCAAUUUAUUCAAUGACUGUGUUGGAUAAUAAUUGUUUUGCUACCGGAGAUGAUGAGGGAACUGUAAGAUUGUGGGAUCUUAGGCAAAGAGACGAUAAACCCAUUUUUUCAUUGAAAGAAAUGGAAGACUACGUGAGUGCUAUGAUAACAGAUGCAGAAAAAAAGUUUUUGGUUUGCACCAGCGGUGAUGGUACACUCACCACCUUAAACAUUAGGGCCAAAAAAAUGCACGUUAGAACUGAAGAUUAUCCACAAGAAUUGACAUGUCUCGGAUUAUUCAAACAUGGAAGAAAAAUAUUAGUUGGUGGAAACAAAGGCAACCUAUUUCUUUUCAAUUGGGGUGAAUUUGGACUCCACACGGAUGAAAUACCAAGUCUGACAAAACAAGCUAUAAACUGUAUGAUACCCAUAACCGAAAAUGUAGUAGUCACUGGUGGUGAAGAUAAAAUAUUAAGAGCUACAAGCAUAUUCCCCAAUCGUCAACUUGGCGUUGUUGGUCAACACAAUUUGUCUGUGGAGUGUCUUGACAUUUGUAAUGAUGGUUCUUUAAUCGCCUCAUAUGCAUAUGAUAACUCCAUCAAGUUUUGGAACAUUAGUUAUUUUGAAACUUUAAAUGUCAAUAAACCCAUUGUCAAGGGUGGAAAACAAAAGACUUCAAAAUACAAUUUGCCUAGCAGCCAGUUAGAGAAUGCAUCUGAUUUCUUUGCAGAUCUUUGA